AACAGAACGAAGAAGAACGCGUGUUGACUGCGAACCCCUCGAUAAACAAGUCGCUCCGACCUAAUAAUUCAGUCGAUCUUCAACCAGACCACCUGGUUAAGAUAUGUAACUACACACCAACGCGAGUUUAAAAGAUGACGUAUACAGUACACACACAAAACGGCAGGUGACACAAUGGAGCAGUACAGCAUUCUGGGUCGCAUCGGCGAAGGCGCUCAUGGCAUCGUGUUCAAGGCCAAACACGUGGAGACCGGAGAGACGGUGGCGCUGAAGAAGGUGGCUCUCAGACGUCUGGAGGACGCCAUUCCCAACCAGGCCCUGAGGGAGAUCAAGGCCCUGCAGGAGAUUGAGGACAAUCAGCACGUGGUGAGGCUGAAGGACGUCUUUCCGCACGGCACCGGUUUCGUCCUGGUCUUCGACUUCAUGUUGUCCGACCUCUCGGAGGUCAUCCGUAACGCCCGGCGACCCCUGACCCCGGCGCAGGUCAAAGGUUACAUGUUGAUGCUGCUGAAAGGUGUGGCCUUCCUGCAUAACAACAACAUCAUGCACCGGGACCUGAAGCCCGCCAACCUCCUCAUCAGCUCGUCGGGGCACCUGAAGAUUGCAGAUUUUGGUCUGGCCCGCCUCCUCAGCCAGCAGGAGGAACGACUCUACAGCCACCAGGUGGCCACCAGGUGGUAUCGUGCUCCCGAGUUGCUGUACGGCGCCAGAAAGUACGACGAAGGCGUCGACCUUUGGGCCGUGGGUUGUAUUUUCGGAGAGCUGCUGAAUUCGUCUCCUCUGUUUCCCGGUGAGAAUGACAUCGAGCAGCUGUGUUGCGUCCUGAGGGUGCUCGGAACGCCCACCCGGGACACCUGGCCUGAGAUGGCCCAGUUGCCGGACUACAAUAAAAUCACCUUCAAGGAGAAUCCCGCCGUCCCGUUGGAAGAGAUCGUUCCCGACUCCUCCCCCCACGCCGUCAGCCUGCUGCGCAGCUUCCUGGUUUACCCAUCCGAGCGCCGAUGUCCCGCCCAGCAGGCUCUCCUCCAUCCGUAUUUCUUCCACUCGCCUCUUCCCGCCCACCACUCGGAGCUGCCCAUCCCCCAGAGGGGGGGCGGCGCCGGCGGCGGCGGGCACCAGCACCACCCGCGGCCGCAGGCGGCGCCCGCCGACUUCUCCGUGGACCUCCCCCUGAAGAGCAGCUUGGUCCGGCCCGCGCAGCUGCGGGGCCACGCCUCCUGCCUGUGAUUGGUCCAAAAACACUGUGGGGCCACGCCUCCUGCCUGUGAUUGGUCCAAAACACUCUGCGGGGCUACGCCUCCUGCCUGUGAUUGGUCCAAAGCACUCGAACCUCCAAAUUUCAAAGUGAUUUCAACCCGGAGACGACAGGCUCCGCCCACCACUGUCAACUUUCCCCACGUGAUCAAGAAGAGGAGUGUUUGCGUUUCACCAAAACACACACACACACACGCGUGUUUACGUGUAUGGCUUCUGAGAAGAAGUUUUAAAGGUUCUUUCACGACAAGCAA